AUGGCUAUCAAGACCAGAUCGCCCUAUCUUUCUUGCACAAAGGUGCUAGCAAUAUUUGCGCUGUUUGUAUAUCUAGCUACGAGCGUGGUAUAUGUAUACUCGAUGGCUAAAGGGGUCAGUCGCCGCUCAGAUGCUGUGACAUCGCUGGAGAGCGUCUCGGUCAAGCGGUAUCUGAAGACAAGCGCGGCCAUGACAGCAAAUGAUCCUUCAGAAGAGAGGGCUGGAUUUGCGGGACUUUGUGAAUUUGGCAAUACACUGAAUCCGGACUCCGUAGAUCCGGCGCCACUCUGA